AGUUCCAUGCGAAAAUUCCCUUAAAUAAAAAACAGCAUUUCAUCAAUAAACAUUGAAGAUGCUUAUAAAAAGGCAAAACCCUGAAAUCUGCAAAGUCAAUCGUAGAGAAUGAAGAAGGGCUUUGAACAACAUCAAGAAUCCACCAACAAGAAGCCCAAGCCAAACUUGUCAUCAUCAUUGCCAAUAUGUGAGAAUAAGAAAACCAGAGACUUACCCAAUUUGUCAGAAUGCCAAGCCUGUGGAUUUCGAAUCGAUGCUUGUUCCGGUAAGAACAAAAUUCAAAUUUUAUACAGUGAAUGGCGAAUUGUUCUUCUAUGCAAGAGGUGUCUUUCUCGCAUCGAAUCCUCCCAAAUUUGCGCUUAUUGCUUUAAUGAAAAUGCAAAUGAUUUUCUUUCUUGUUCUCAGUGUAAGCGUUGUGUUCAUAGAACUUGUUUUGUAAAGUACAGAACUGUUUCUCCUUGGUCGUAUUCUUGUUCUUCUUCCAUGGAGUUUUCAGUUUGUGUUGACUGUUGGGUCCCUAAAUCAAUGAUGAAGAGUAGAGGAUUUGUUAUUGAUAGCAAACGUAAUAGCCAUUCUAGGGUUUUCAAUGAUGCCCAAUCUUUGAAGGACCCCAAUUUCACGUCAAAGAGGACAGUUGUGUUGGCUCUGAUGGCUCCUCUUAUGGCGGCUAAGAAGCCGACAGUGGUGACAACGAAGCUAAUGGAGGUGGUGGCAAAGAAGCCAAUGGAGGUGGUAAAGAUGCCGAUGGAAUCAGAAAGUAAUGCACUGACUUUGGAGGUGAAGAGGGAAGGUGAAGAUUGUAAUGAUAAGAAAGUUGUUGAUGAUGCUGAGUUUGCGUUUAAGUUGCACAGGGAAAUUAAUAGCUCCCGUAGGAUUUCAAAGAAUUUAUGUGUGAAAUCAGGUUCUUCCAGUGUUCCCAAGGUACAAGAGUGUAAUGAUCAUUUGGUUCUUAGAGGCUUUGAUUCAGGGAAUCCUAGUGUUUCUUGUGAGCUUGAGGUUUGUGCUGAUGCUGAUAAGAAGAUGAGUGAGAAUCUGGAUAAAAGUGUUUUAAAUCCUUUUCUAUGUGUUAAAGAUGAGGAUGUUGGAGUGCAAUUGAAGGAGGGAGAGGGGAGCUGUUCAAACAGAUUGGUAAAGUCAAGUGGAGAUGAAAAUAGUACAAACUUUGAGUCUAGAUCUUGUCAUAAUAAUCAAUAUGAAUCUACUGAAUGUAAGGUUGAAACAUCUGAUGGAAAGCCUGAUCGUUAUUUGUUAAAGUAUAUAAAGAGGAAAUCAAGCUCCAAAAGAGUUCCAAAUGGUAGACCUAAGAUUUUGUAUGAAAGAACUUCCCAUCAAUGCGAGCGUCAUGAUGUUGGAUUAUCUGUAAAUUGUUCAAGGGAAUCGAGAACUUUCUCAGAUGGUUCACUUCAGUCAUGUGCUUUUCCUCUACAAGCAUCUACAUGUGCUAGUGGUUUGUCUCCAGAUGAUUCUUAGGGGAACAGAUUAUAAUGAUCAUUUCACGGAUGAUCUUGGAAAGUAGGCUUUCUUUAGUUUCCGUAAACUUGAAGCUUCUGGUGAGUUCUGAGGGGGUAUUCAAGCGUUUGGAGGAUUGUGGGUGGGGAGAUAUGUUAGAUGUAUAUUCUCUUUUUAUUUUUCUUGAGGGCAACUUGGAUUCUUCCCCCUAGUAGAGUUUUAAAUUUUAGAGUUUCUUAGAAAUUUGAAUGACCAGGAAGCAGCUGAUUUUUCUGUACUUUUGGUUGUAUUAUAGUGUAUUUAUUAAUUGUAUUUUAAGUGUUGGCCAAUGGUUUAACCUAUCCCAUAUUCUUCAAGCGAAGAUGAUUUGAAAAGCCAAACUUCCAAGCAAGAUUUAAAUUUCAUCAUGGGCUGUGGCUUGAGGAAUAAUAACACGUCUAAAUAAAGGUUGACAAAGGUCUUUGUAUGGUAUGUGUACAAUUGAAGAGGAGAUCAUCAAUCAUGGUCUUGACUAUUCAAUAGUUUUGAAUUUGUGGCUUCUCAUCUUUAAGGCAGCAGUGUUGAUGUGGGUCAUUUUAGAGUCUCCUUGUGCCUAGGAGGAUGUUUUGGGUUUUGGGGGAAUUAUCAAUUCCUAGCAAAAUAAAUGCAUUUUAUGUGGUGAGAACGAGGGAAGCUCAUCUGGCAUUCGACUAUUUUCGUAGAUUUGAAAAUUUUGUGGUCUAUCUUGAUUUUAGCCUAGUAUAAUUGUUAUGGUCAUUGGCAUGUUCUGAUUUUCAUGUUUUAAAAUUUUGGAGGGGGGAUUAUGUUGACUGAUUUCAACUUGUAGGAAUUGCAGCUUGCUACAAGUGGGAGUGGGCACACUUCUAAUUCGAAGCGGUGGUUUUUAAUGGGAGUUUUCGUUGACUCAAUUACUGUCGGUGGAAGCAGGUCUCUGUUGUGAUUUACAGCAGGAAAUUGAAAGUUGCGGUCCUUUUGUAUUUUGGUUUAAAACACAGUUGUGUGAGCGGAAAGGGAUUUACUUUCUCUCUUUUUUAACGGUUUCCCACUUGUUAGUCUCCCAUCGUAGCUCUAUUCUUAACACUGUAGUUUCUUAUGCUGGUUGGCAACAUUCUGAAUGAGAUCCUCUCAAAUGCAACAUCUAUUUGUCC